AUGGUGAAUUUAUCGCUUUACACUACCACUGCCGUAAUACUUCUUGACAGCGAGGGUAAUAGAAUUCUAGCUAAAUAUUAUGGUCCUAGAAAUAAUUAUCUUACAUCUAAAGAACAAAAGCAAUUUGAGAAAGGAUUAUUUGAAAAAACCAAAAGAGCCAACGGUGAAAUUAUUCUUUACGAUAAUCAUGUUGUCCUCUAUCGAAAUAAUAUUGACGUCUUUUUUUAUGUCGUUGGUUCUGCCGAAGAAAACGAACUUUUAUUAAACAACAUAUUGAGUGCAUUUUAUGACGCUGUUUCUAAUUUACUAAGGCAUCAAGUGGAGAAAAGAACUAUAAUAGAUAAUUUAGAUCUUGUAGUCCUCGCUUUAGAUGAGACAAUAGAUGAUGGUAUUACUUUGGAGACCGAUUCGAAUGUGAUUGUAUCUCGUGUAUCUCGUCCUCGUACUGAUACAACAGAUAUUCCUAUCACAGAGCAAUCUCUUCUUCAGGCAUAUCAUACAGCAAGAGAAAAGGUUGCCGAACGGUUAUUACGUGGCGGAUAA